GAAGGCAGUCAUACCAUGGUGCUUAGCGGAGAAAAGGGGUGGGAAAGAGGGUUGUCGAUGGAGUUAUCAAGAUUUGGUGUAGGUAUGAGGAUCGAUUCGUGGGAUGUAGAUGUGGUAGAGGAAUUCGCAGAGGAGUGAAGAUUCCUAUGUUGUGGUUGAGAUCCCUCUGCAAGUUGAUGGGGCACUUGUGUGGAAGCAGUGGCAGUGAUUCUUAUACGGCGGCCAACAAUGCCCGUACCGCAGUCCCAGCCUGGGGUCGCCCCUGCCAAACAAUGCAAACACAAGAGACACAAGGCAGACUGCAGAAUGUGCCUCAGGCUGCCAUCGAAGCUCCAAGGUCCGUCAGACAACUACUGAGGCAUGUGGAUGUGGAUGUCAUUUGCUACUUGACCAUUUCUCGAACACCGAUUCCAGUCAAAGAAAGUGGGAGAUCAGUGCUAGGUUGCGAAGAAACCACAAGUUCAGAGAGCGCAAGCUAAACCUGCGUGCGCCAUGUGGCGCGAUCGCACCAACCUGUAUGUUCCGUUCCUCUUCCACGUAUACCUCACGCUCCACAUCCAGAAACUUAGUCUGACUUGGGGAUAGUUACAUUUCCUACCGGCAAUCAUAUACUCACCACCCUGCCAAAAAGCCAAAAUACUCGAGCGGCGCUUCCGGAAACAGCUAUGGCGACAAUUUCAUUGGAGGGGGGUCGGAACGGCAGGGUCUCAUGUCUGCCGGCGCAUUCGAGGACGAUGGCGAUGCGAUUAUAGAAAUGGAUUUGUUACCGCCGCGGUGGGCAGACAUCAGCGAUGAAGUCACGGAAUAUCUUGCAAAUAUAGCAAGUAAGAGCGUAAAACUGGAAAAACUACACCAGAAACAUGUAUUACCCGGAUUCGACGACGAGGAAGUGAAGCGGACGGAGGAGAGGGAAAUUGAGCAUCUCACCCAAGAUAUUACGAAAGGAUUCCAUGAUUGUCAAAAGGCUAUCCAGAGAGUUGAAAUGCUGGUCCGGGAGUCCAAACAAACUGGAGGCAUCAGUAAGGGAGAGGAAACAAUGGCUCGAAACAUCCAAAUAUCUUUGGCAGGAAGGGUACAGGAAGCCAGCGCUGGGUUCAGGAAGAAGCAGAGUGCAUAUUUAAAAAGUACGAGCUCUUUCAGAUUCCAACAAAAGUCAAUACUAACCACAACAGAAUUGCGAGGCUUAAGUGGCAUGAAUACACAAAUGGAACGCUCCUCCACCCCUCUGUACAACAACUACACCGACCCCUCCAUCCUAGAAACCGACGCCGACAAAUCCUACUCCGAGUCGGCCCUCCAACAGACCUCCCAAAUGCAACUCACCUCCAACGACGCCGCCAUCAUCCAGCGCGAACGAGAAAUCACCGACAUCGCCCAAGGCAUCAUCGAGCUCGCUGACAUUUUCAAAGAACUCCAAAGCAUGAUCAUCGACCAAGGAACGAUGCUCGAUCGAAUAGACUACAAUGUAGAAAGAAUGGCGACCGAGGUCAAGGCCGCGGACAAGGAGCUCAAUAUCGCUUCAGGGUACCAGAAGAAGGGCACGAAGAGGAGAAUCAUCUUCCUGUUGCUUUUACUGGUCAUAGGCAUGAUUAUCCUGCUGAUCGUGAAACCGAAGAGGCAUAGUGAGCCGAAGGUAGAUGAGAAUGUACCACCAUGAAAUGAUGUCUUGAUAGGUGAAGAUUAAUAGUUUUCUUUUUUUCACCACCAACUCCUCCUGGAGACAUCCCUUGGAAUGUCGGCUUUGGUGUUGUAUUGUUCUGACUAGAAAUUUGGGGUUCGGAGUUUGGCGCGGGAUAUAUAUAAAUUGGGGAGUAGCGAGGGUUUACGUCUGUAUACCUUUUUUGAUGAACAAGGUCUUGUGUGUAUCUUCGA